ACAACAGUUCCUAGGUAGAAGGGCGGAAGUUGAUAGUAGGACAAUUUUAACUGACGUGCCACCGGAACUGGGGGAGGAAGCUGCCUAUGGAGCCGCAAGCCUGGCGAUCUGUAGCUUCUUUCGACCGAGAACAUCUUAGAGGACCAUGAUGUUCACCAACUGGAGGAUUUUUGCAGUGAAUCAUCAGAAAACGUUCGGUGUGCACCUUAAUACUAUGUGUUACUGUAAAAUAAAAGCAAAUUUAAAAAGAUUAAAGACUCAGGUGCCUUUUAGAAGAAACUACAGUUCCCCACCAGGCAUCAUAGGAAGUGAUGUCAAAUCUCUUCAUUCCAUCAUUAACCCUCCUGUGGCCAAAAUUCGUAAUAUUGGAAUUAUGGCUCAUAUUGAUGCAGGCAAAACUACCACCACAGAAAGAAUUUUGUACUAUUCUGGAUACACAAGAUCACUGGGAGAUGUUGAUGAUGGAGACACAGUGACGGAUUUCAUGGCUCAAGAGCGAGAAAGGGGCAUUACCAUCCAGUCAGCAGCUGUGACUCUUGACUGGAAAGGGUAUAGAGUCAAUCUGAUUGAUACCCCAGGUCAUGUAGACUUCACUCUGGAGGUUGAGCGCUGCUUGAGGGUGUUGGAUGGUGCGGUGGCCGUGUUUGAUGCCUCUGCUGGUGUAGAGGCCCAGACUCUCACUGUAUGGAGGCAAGCUGACAAACACAAAAUACCCCGGAUCUGCUUUUUAAACAAGAUGGACAAGACUGGAGCAAGUUUUAACUAUGCAGUUGAAAGCAUCAAGGAGAAGUUGAAGGCAAAGCCCCUGAUUUUACAGCUACCAAUUGGUGAAGCCAGAACUUUCCAGGGAGUGGUGGAUGUAGUAAACAAAGAAAAACUUGUUUGGAAUUCUAACUCUGAUGAUGGAAAAGACUUUGAGAGAAAGCCCCUCUCAGAAGCAAGUGAUCCGGAACUGCUAAAGGAGACAAUUGAAGCAAGGAACUCCUUAAUUGAACAAGUUGCAGAUUUAGAUGAUGAAUUUGCUGACUUGGUUUUAGGUGAAUUUAGUGAAAAUUUUGAUUUAGUACCAGCUGAAAAGUUACAGGCUGCAAUCCACAGAGUAACACUGGCUCAGGCUGCAGUGCCUGUGCUGUGUGGGAGUGCCUUGAAAAACAAGGGUGUGCAGCCCUUGCUGGAUGCUGUGACCACUUACCUGCCGUCACCUGAGGAGCGCGAGUACAGCUUUCUGCAGUGGUAUAAGGGUGACUUGUGUGCAUUGGCAUUUAAAGUGCUACAUGACAAACAGCGAGGACCCCUGGUUUUCCUGCGCAUUUACUCGGGUACACUGACACCCCAGUUGGCUAUCCAUAACAUUAAUAGAAACUGCACGGAAAGAAUGAGUCGUCUGCUUUUGCCAUUUGCUGACCAACACGUAGAAAUCCCUUCCCUGACUGCUGGAAACAUUGCUUUGACAGUUGGGCUUAAACAAACUGCCACUGGAGACACCAUAGUCUCGUCCAAGUCCAGCGCACUGGCUGCCGCUCGCAGAGCCGGACGAGGAGAAGGGAAGCAUGGGAAGAACAGUGAAGCAGAGAGCCUGCUGUUGGCUGGGGUGGAGGUCCCAGAGCCUGUCUUCUUCUGCACCAUAGAACCCCCAUCAGUGGCUAAGCAGCCAGAUUUGGAUCAUGCCUUGGAACGCCUUCAGCGUGAAGAUCCCAGUUUGAAAGUGAAACUCGAUCCUGACUCUGGACAAACUGUCCUGUGUGGUAUGGGGGAGUUACAUAUUGAGAUUGUUCAUGACCGUAUCAAGAGGGAGUAUGGCCUAGAGACCUAUCUAGGGCCUCUGCAAGUGGCCUACCGGGAAACCAUCUUAAACUCAGUUCGUGCCACAGAUACCCUCGAUAGGGUGCUAGGAGACAAGCGGCAUUUCGUGCAAGCAGAGCUGGAAGUCCGACCAGCAGAAGAGCCAUGUGCCGUGGCCAUGAUGGAUUACGCUGACUGUGUGGGUGAAGACCUGCUGCAGGCCUCUCGGGAGGCCAUUGAAAAUGCCGUCCACAGCGCAUGUCUCCAGGGCCCUUUGCUUGGAUCCCCAGUCCAGGAUGUGGUGAUGACGUUACACUCACUGAUGGUUCACCCUGGCACCUCCACAACUAUGGUCACUGCCUGCAUCUCAAGAUGUAUACAGAAGGCCCUGAAGAAAGCUGACAAGCAGGUGCUGGAACCUCUGAUGAGUCUUGAGGUCACAGUGAGUAGAGAGUACCUCAGCCCUGUCCUGGCAGAUUUGGCGCAAAGAAGAGGUAGCAUUCAGGAAAUUCAGACUCGCCAAGACAACAGAGUUGUUAUAGGAUUUGUUCCUUUAGCAGAAAUGAUGGGAUAUUCAACUGUGCUUCGAACCCUGACGUCAGGCUCAGCUACUUUUGCCUUAGAACUGUCUACUUAUCAAGCCAUGAGUCCUCAAGACCAGAGCACACUACUCAGCCAGAGAAGUGGUUUGGCCCAUGUGCUGUAGGUCCUUGGAAACUGGGAAAGCUGGGGCACUUGCCUGCUUUAUUCUCAGUAAGAAUGCUGUUCUGUUAACUGGCUGGUAAAUGGCUGCUCCGGUGUGU